CGAAGAGAAGCAAGUUGCAGAGUUACAGUUGCAGACAGACAGACAGAGGAAGAAGACGAAGAAGACGAACCAAGAACAACAGCAACAACAACACCAUCAAAGUGCUUAACAACCAUAUAUAUGCUCAUCCUCUUCCACUCACCUUUUUCACAUUUCCAUCACUAUUCCAUCCAUCAAUCACUGUUCAAGAAUGAAUUCCUUCAUUCAUCCAUGGCGGUUCUAAGUUCUAACUUACCCACCCCCUACAAGUCCUAAAAUGCACCUCUUCUGAAGACCUCUGACUUUUCCAUUUUUUCACACCUGGAACGAUUUCCCCAAUCUCUCUCUCUCUCUCUCUAACCCCCAACUCAUCGAUUUCCGUGUCUGGUUUCUUCUAGGUUUUUUGCUUGGGCCUCUGAUUUUUUUUCCUUUCUUUGGAUACGGAAUCUCGUUUCUGCGUCUCUGUCUGUCUGUUUUGGGACUGUUUGGUUUUAUUUGCUGUUCAUGGCGGAAAUUUCUGUGACUGAUUAGCCUCGAUCGAUUCGAUUCGAUUGUGUGUUCUUAAGAGGAUAUAUAAAAUCAGUGCGUCUCGAUUCGUGGAGUGAAAUGUUGGAUCUGAAUGUUGAUGCGGUUUUCUCUCUGAAUUCCGCUUCCUGCGACGGCGACGGCGAGUUCGAGCCUCACAAGACGGCGACCGCCGAUUCCGUGGCGUCCACCACCACAUCGACCACCAACAAUGCCGCCGCCGCCGCCGCAGCUGCCGAUGAAGUCGACUGCAACAGUUCCAAUCGGAGCAAAACCUCGCUGCCGCCGCCGACUCUCAAUUUCUCGAUCCUCAACAAGGAAGUGAUCGAGAUUGAAGACGACGAGAAUAUUACUGAACUCGCCGGUGAUAGAAACGAGCUCCAGCUUUUUCCGAUGACCACCGCGCCUACCGUUAGGUCUAAGUAUUGGUUAAACUUGUCCGGCCCUGAGGUCGCCGGCGGCGGCAGAGAAGACGCCGGAAUUUUCAAGGCCACAAGCAACCAGGUCCAGGACCUCCAGGUGCAGGUACAAGUGCAGCAACAGCAGCCUCAGGUGAAGAAGAGCAGGCGUGGACCACGGUCCCGGAGCUCCCAAUAUCGAGGUGUCACCUUCUACCGGAGAACCGGCAGAUGGGAAUCGCACAUCUGGGACUGCGGCAAACAAGUCUAUCUCGGUGGAUUUGACACAGCUCAUGCUGCUGCUAGAGCCUAUGAUCGUGCCGCGAUAAAGUUUCGUGGAGUCGACGCCGACAUUAAUUUCACCAUAAGUGAUUAUGAAGAUGACAUGAAGCAGAUGAAGGAUUUGUCGAAAGAAGAGUUUGUUCACGUCCUUCGUCGCCAAAGCACGGGGUUCUCGCGAGGAAGCUCGAAGUACCGGGGGGUGACCCUGCACAAAUGUGGCCGGUGGGAGGCGCGGAUGGGGCAAUUCCUCGGGAAGAAGUAUGUGUAUCUUGGAUUAUUCGACAGCGAAGCAGAAGCUGCAAGGGCUUACGAUAAAGCCGCCAUCAAAUGCAACGGGAGAGAAGCUGUCACUAACUUUGAGCCCGGUAACUACAAAAGAGAUACAAAUAUCAUCCCCACGAAUGGAGGCAGCGGAAGCAAUCUUGAUCUCAACUUGGGAAUUUCUUUACCGGAUGACGGUCUGCAGAGAAAUGACACUACGACAAAAUUGCAUUUUCUAAACGUCUCCACCAAAUUGCCCGACGGGAAGAGAUUAAAGGUUGAAAUGAACUCUGAUACAUUGCAAGAUCUAUCGACCAAUUGUGCUCCCAUGUUGGCUGGAAUCUGUUCUGGUCUUGCCCUCAACAGUAAGGAGAGAGCGACGGGCAUGAAUGGUGAAGGUGUUCCGGUGCCCGGAUUCUCAAACUGGCAAUGGAAAAUGCCGGGGCACGGCGCGGUGGCUCCCCCUGCUCCACUUUUGCCGUCUUCUGCAGCAUCAUCAGGAUUCUCUUCCCUCGUCGUGCCAUUGACAUCGAGACCGUUGCAGUUUCCCGCGACUGCUUUCCAUGGUCUCCAGUGACCCACCCGUCGCCCCCCGUGCAUCGUGGCCAUCCUCGAUAUCUCUGGCCCGGCUACCUAAAGAAGGCCGAGGCCAAUCAGAGAGGCUCGACUCGACUUUUCUCGAUAAUUAGUAUGACAUAAUAUGAUAUGAUAUGAUAUGAUAUAUAUAUAUAUAUUAAAAUAGAGAGAAUUGAAUAAAAUUGACCAAGUUAUAUAUAAUGCAUGUAUGUAUAGAUUGGUACAAUCCUCUUUCUUGUUCACUAUGAUGGAUAUUAUCUUCUUCUUCAA